GGCAUGCUGGCGCUGGUCGUGCUGGACGUCCGCCGCUCCUGCGUGGGCGGGGCCGUCUACGCGACGUGCUGCUGCGUGUCGUUCGUGCGCAGCACGUCGGCGUUUCAGCAGGACCUCCUGAUCGAGAGGCACACGGAGCUGUUCGUGUGCUGGGUGUGGGCUCUGUGGCUGUUCAGCUGCGGCGUGGCCUACUCGGCGGAGUAUUACUUCAAGGCCCGCAUACGCGCCACCCUGGAGACGGAGGACGUGCAGGAG